UAUACUUACACACACACCUCGCCUCCUCGAAUGCUUACCAUUCCAUUGUGCUUCUAUGUUACUAUAGUACUGAAAACAAAUUCAAUGUUUACAGUACUCGAGUAUCAAAAGAUUAAACAAUAUCUAUCUACCAUAAAGAGUACCUAGUACCUGGUAUACAUUUCAUGAUUCUUUGAUAUAAUCCCUUACACAAUUUUUCACCUGAUAGCUUCAUUUCUUCAUCCUCUUAUCUCCCACCCUCAUAUCAAAAUACGCGGGGUGACUUCGCGAAAAUGCAUCUCAGACACGCUAAAUGUUAGAUAAACAAUUUCUCCGUUCGUGCCUCCGCAAUCUUCCUUAUGGUCGGAGUUAUCUGAUUGGUUCUCGUCGUGCUUUUCAAGGGAAUGGGGGGGGGGCCAUUUGCCUUGCGAUAAGAAUCGUUCGAAAAAAGUUUAUGGAGACAGACGGGAGAGGAGUUUCUGGUGUUUGUGCUGCUGAGAUGGCGAACAGUAAUAUUAUCGGAAAUAGUUUUCUUGAUAAGGGAUAAGGAAUUAGACGUUUGCCUUUGCUAUUAUCGUAUGAGAUGUAUAUUUAUAAUAUGUAGGUAGGUAACUAGGUAGGGUGUUGAGUUCUUCUGCCCAAGUGUGUUCUGUUUCUUCAUUUACAUCUCUCGAUUUUCGCGUGCGUGCCAUUAUCCAGUCUCUCUAUCUCUACAGAUCUUUGGCACGGAGAAGCUCUUCUUAUAUUGCUAUCUCCAAGUAGUGGCCAUCACCAAUACGUACUGUCUAGAUACCAUUGGCACGGGAUAUCUAAUCCAUUCUCUCUUCUCAAUCCCCUCCGACCACCCACUCUGAACCCACCUCCUCUCCAAAUUCACAAUGUCCCUCCACAAAUCCCGCUCCCGAAGUUCGCUAUCCGAAAACGGCGACGUGAAAGUAACCCCCGGCACCACCCAAAAGAUCGACGACCCCGAAUCCAAACUCGGUCUCGCUUCCGAAUCCGCACAUGUCUUCGAUCACCAAGCAGAGAGGGCUCUGUGUCGGAAGUUCGAUUUUCGUUUGCUGCCCGUGCUAGCUUGCAUGUACCUGUUCAACUCGCUUGACAAGGGAAAUUUGGGAAAUGCAAAAACGGAUGGCAUGGAAAAGGAUUUGGGCUUCAAGAGUAAUCAGUAUAAUAUUAUCUUGAGUGUAUUUUAUAUACCUUAUGUGUUAUGCGCACUUCCUAUUGCUAUGCUUGGAAAGAAGUAUGGACCUGCAACAGUCCUACCCAUCCUCAUGAUGUUCUUCGGAUCAUUCACCAUUCUCGGAGUCGCAGCUCAAAACUUUGGCGGUAUGAUGACCCUCAGAUGGUUCCUCGGCAUGUCCGAAUCCGCCUUCUUCCCCCUCGUAAUCUACUACCUCACCACCUUCUACCGUCGUGGAGAACUCGCUCGUCGCCUCGCCAUCUUCUACGCAGCCAGUAACAUCGCCUCUGCAUUCUCCGGUCUCCUCGCCGUCGGAUGUUUCCAAAUAACCAACACCCCUCUCUACCCCUGGCGAUACCUCUUCCUCAUCGAAGGCAGCGCCACCCUCCUCUUCGCCUUCUUCGCCUUCUUCUACCUCCCCGCCUCGGCCUCGACCGCCAAAUUCCUCACCGAAUCCGAACGCACCCUCGCCUACCACCGCAUCCAAGUCGACUCCUCCUCCAUCGUCAACGAAGAAUUCCACCUCCACGACUCCCUCGCCAUCUUCAAACAACCCUCCACCUACGCCUUCCUCGCCAUCGAAAUCUGUCUCGGCGUCCCCCUCCAAUCCGUCAACCUCUUCCUCCCCCAAAUCGUCGCCCGUCUCGGCUACUCCACCAUCAAAACCAACCUCUACACCGUCGCCCCCAACGUCUCCGGCGCAGUCAUGCUCCUCAUCCUCGCCUUCUCGUCAGACUACACCCGCAGACGUGGUCCCUUCAUCGCGCUCGGUUUCCUCUUCACCUUCAUCGGCUUCCUCAUCUACGUCUCCAUCGACGUCACCUCCCAACUCCACGUCGCCUAUUUCGCCACCUUCAUGAUGUGCUGGGGAACCGCCGCCCCAAGCGUCCUCCUCAGCACCUGGUACAACAACAACAUCCCACACGAAGGCCGUCGCGUCGUCAUGAGCAGCGUCGGUGUCCCGCUCAGUAAUCUAAUGGGAUUAGUCUCCUCAAACAUUUUCCUGAAUAAAGAUGCUCCCAAAUACAUCCCCGCCCUCGCCACCACCGCCGCCUUUGGCGGCAUGGGCGUCAUCCUCAGCACUUCCCUCGCGCUCUACAUGAUUUUUGACAACCGACGCCGCGACGCCAAACUCGGACGCAAAUUAGAUAUUGGCGAGACGCCGACUGAGUUGUUGAGGGAUGGGCCGAGCGUGGAGGAGUUUAGAUGGUUUUUGUAGAUUUUCUUUUGGUAUUUUUUAUUUUUUAUUUUUUAUUCUUUCAAAAAGCGGCGGAAAAGUUGAUGAAAAGAAAGAAAAGAAGCAAAUAAAGGGGAGAAGGGGAAAAAUGCAUAGCACUCUGGAACGAGAGGGUGGGCGUUUGUUUGUUUGUUUGUUGCGUUUAUGAGAUACCUGGAUACCUGGAUACCUGGAUACCUUACUAGGUACCUACCUACCUAUACAUACCUACCUACCUACCUAUGAGUAGGUAGGUAUACGAGAUAAUAAUGAUACAUACAUAUAUACAUACA